UUGACUUUAUCAAAAGUAUAGAGUUUUUUUUGAAAUUGCUUUUCCAUUUACUACUAUAUACUUUUUAUAUAGCAAGUAAAUAUAUUAAAGUUCUUUUUUGAUGGUGUGCUUUUGUUUUUUGGUGGAUCAAAAGAGAAUAAUGAAAAAUAGUAAACCAAUAGCUUGUUCUUGUUCAAGAUGCAAUUGCAGUGCCCAUGUGGCUGAUAUGUGUACACUUACAAGAUUUUGUUACAUCCCUUUUUAUUGGAGAUCUUGGAAGGCAAUUGUUUGUUGUUUUUGUGGUGCAAUUCUCAAGUCUUAUACAUAAUUAUAUUAGUUAUUAGUUAUAUCAAUAUCUUUUUUUUCUUCUCUUUCUAUUUUAAUUAUAUAGAUUCAUGUUGUAUAUAUGAAUUAAUGGUGUUUCCAACUUCAAUUUUGUAGUAAUAUAUGUAUGUGUGUGGAGUAAAGUCAUCAUCAAUC